CCGUCGGAAACAUCUAAUCCACCUAUCGGAACACCGACACCCAUACCACCACCUCAGACAUCUAAACCACCAGCUGAAACAUCCAAAGCACCACCUACUAUGACAACAUUGACCAUACAAACAACCACACAUAAGAAUAAUAUUGAGGACAAGAAAAUCAAUUUGAAGAUUGCACAUAUUUUAGAGAUAUCUAAAAUAGGCCAUAUUGUUGGCAAUACCGAAUACGAUCAGCAAACGGCGCAUCUGCGGCAUAUAGCCAAUCUGGGUCCCGAAUCGCUGCAGUUGAAAUUGCAAGCAUAUGACAAAUUUGUAAGUUACAAUUACUUGCGACUCAAGCUGGAGAGUAAUUUGCACAGUCGUAUCGCUGUCGUCGAAAGCUAUUUGAUCCACAAACCAUUAUCAAAGAAAUGCAAAAAAAUCUAUGGCAAGCAACGAAAAGAAUUGAUGGCGGCUCUGAAUGAGCAGAACUCGCUAAAGUCAUACAAACUGAAUUUAUAUAGCAAACCCUGUCGUUCCGAUAGUUCGGAGGACUCGCAGCAUGAGGACUAUUUUGAUUGGUGGGAUUGGACGCAAUGGUUUUCCUUCUUUUCAAUAUAA